UACCCAUCCUUCUGUGUUGUACCUUAUCAAUACUCAUGUAUGGAGGGGUUGCAGUGCAGCAGCCUGGUGUCUAUCAAUAUGCUCCCCAGAGCGUGCCAGUAUUAUAUACUGGCUCCAGUUCUUCUGGUCCUGCCCAGGCUGGAGGAUACACGACUGGCUCCACACAGGGUGGAGGUGCUGCUCGACCUGCAGCUGGUUCAAAUGUUGGUGUUUCUACUGGAGGUAGCAGCGCAAAUACUGGUGCUAAUGUUGCCCUAAGCCAGGGAGGACCUUAUCCAUACCCCUCCUCUGUAGCUGUGCCUUAUAGUGCUCCAUAUGGAGGUGUUGCAGUGCAGCAGCCUGGUUUCUCACAUGCUGCUCAAAGUGUGGCAGCACCAUACACCGGCUCCAGUUACUCCGCUCCUGCUCAGGCAGGGAGGAAGCACAGCUGGCUCUGCACAAACUGGAGCAACUUCUCAACCUGCAGCUGAAAUCAACUGGGCUGUCCCACCUCCCAAGCUCGGUGAGGAAUCAUCACCCAACCCUCAAAGCCUUGCCUCUGGCACAGCUGAUGAGCCUGAUGCGCUUCUACCACCAGUACCUGCGUACCAACCAGGAGAGUUGUCCCACUAUGAGAAGGCUGCUGAGGCUGGGGACUACCAGUCGGAGACGGAAGAACUAGGUCGCAGGACUGUCCCAGCUACGAUGGACGCUUUUGCUGCUGCGGGUGGACUGGCAUCCCCAGGCUUUGCCACAGGACAGUUUGGAAUGGGUGGACUGUGGGGUAGUCCGUAUCCAUCCUUUGACUUCUUGUUCCUGACUGGCCAGUACCCUGCGGGCACAGUCAGUCACUUCAGCCAGGACUACGAGCAGGGACGAGACUACUCUCACAGCACUCACUACCUGAAAGACCACCCCUACCCCAGCUUUGCACAGUCAGUGGGGACUGUUGGAGCAGCUCAGAGCCUUCAGACUCCCAGCUUGUAUGUGAGCAGUCCAGUGGUGGGAGGUUACUACCAGGUUGGAGCACAAACAGUACCUGCUCCUUCCUACACAGGUGUUACGCAGAUAAAAUACUAGCUGACUCUCAAAGGCAUGAGCACAAGUUUAAUCAAUAAAGUCUUGUGAAAUAC